UAUCAAAGGAAUUGGCAGCAGUGGCACGAAUGUUGCCCGAAGAAAGAAAUUAAUCUUUUUAUAAUUUUGUCAUCUUUAAAGAAACGCGUAUUUUUUUUUUAAUAUUGCAACAUGGAAAAUUCCGGCAACAACCGCUAUGAGUUAUUAUUUAUGGAUGAUGAAACGGUUGCCGCCGCUGUUCCACUUAAACAAAAUGCCGGGACCGGCAAAAAUAAAAAUGAAAAUACUGUACAGUCGAAGAUCAUUAAGCAUGAAAAGGAAAACAAGAUAAAUACAUUAAAUAAAAACAACUUAAAAGUUGCUCAUUCAAGUACCAGCCCAAAGGGAAAUAUUAAAACUGUUUCGAAUGGUAUCAAAGAAUUACGUACUAAAAAUGUUAGAAUGAACGGUUCAGAAAAAAUUCAUUCUAAUAUACAAGAGUAUAAUAAUGAGCUUCCACAACGCCAAAUUAGAGAUCGUGAUAAUAAGGCUUCACGUUUCCGUGCCCAUGAAAAAUUCGGAAAGCGAGAAUUUGACCGUCAAUCUGGUUCGGAUAAAACAGGUAUUAAGUCUGUUGAUAAACGCGACGGAGCUGGUGCACACAAUUGGGGAUCUGCUAAACAAGAUAUUGAAGAACUUAAAUCAGGCACUUCAGCUCCUGUAACAGAUAAAGAAGACUCUGCAAAUGAACAGUCUGGCGAACCUACAAAUAAUUUGGAAGAAGAUGAGUCGAAGCAAAUGACUCUUGAUGAGUGGAAGGCCCUUAAGGAUCAACGUGCUAAGCCUAGUUAUAACUUGAGAAAAGCCGGCGAAGGCGUAGAUAAUUCAGAAUGGAAAAAGAUGACGGUCUUAAGCAAAAAAAAGGGAGCAGAUAUUGAAGAUGAAUUGGAAUACGAUCCAUCAAUGUAUCCCCAGCGCGUAGGUCGUAUACAACGCCUUGUAGACAUUCAGUUUAAUUUUAAUGAUGGAAGAAAAUCUGGAUUUCGUAAGGGACCACGACUACCUGCGCGUGGAGGUCAUCGAGAAGAAUCAAUAACCAACAGCGACUUCGAAAAAAUUCCGUCUUAUAAAUUUGCAAAACAACAUCGCACAGGAUCAAAAAAUUUUAAAGUAGAUGAUGAAAUUCAAUUUCCCACUCUUUCUUGAAACGCAACUCCAGCUAGCAAGUUUUUUGAAACACGUUUUUAGCGACUAAUGAAGGUUAUUCAUUUUGCCGUACAAAAAUAAAUACGUACUUUACUAAUCAAAUCAGCUUUGCUAGCCCAAAUUUUAGAAGUUAUAUAAAGGAAGUUUGAAUUAUUCACAGCAGUUAUGAUAAAUAAGCUAUUGGAAAUAGCUUAAAAUGUUGAAUCAAUUACACUUAUUUUUAAUACUUAAUAUCCCGGUAUCCACAUGAGGGUUGAACCAUUUAAAAUAUAUUGAAUGCUAUGGAAGAAAAUACAAAAUCCUGUAUGAACAAGAAAUUGGCAAGUUGAAACUAAUAAACUAAUAAAAUUCAGCUUUAAAAAAUCAUUGCUACUAAAAUUUUACUUUCACGAACAUUUUUAUCGACGAAGAAUUUCUCUCCAACGAUUUUUAAAAACCCUUAAUUUUGUAAUUAUGAUAAUUCCAUCAAAUUGACAUGUAAAUAUACAAAAAGAAGAGGUUCUUAAGAUGUAUCUAAACGUUCUAAACUUAAAAGAAGCAUACAGAAAGCUCACUUUUAACACUGCAAACUGUUAGAUGGAGCCUACUUUAGCCUUAACAUAUAAUA